AUGAGGAUCCACACUGGAGAGAAGCCCUACAGCUGUGACCUCUGUGGUAAAACCUUUAGCAAUGGAAGCAGUUUCACAGCUCACUGCAGAAUCCACACUGGUGAGAAGCCCUAUAGCUGUGACCUCUGUGGUAAAACCUUUAGUCAGGCUAAAGGUUUCACAGUUCACAGCAGGAUCCACACUGGAGAGAAGCCCUACGCCUGCGACCUUUGUGGUAAAACCUUUAGCCAUGCUAGCGGUUUCACAGUUCACCGCAGAAUCCACACGGGAGAGAGACCCUACAGCUGUGACCUCUGUGGUAAAACCUUUAGUCAGGCUAAAGGUUUCACAGUUCACCGCAGAAUCCACACGGGAGAGAAGCCCUACAGCUGUGACCUCUGUGGUAAAACCUUUCGCCAUGCUAGCGGUUUCACAGCUCACCGCAGAAUCCACACGGGAGAGAAGCCCUACAGCUGUGACCUCUGUGGAAAAACCUUUAGUCAGGCUAAAUGUUUCACAGUUCACCGCAGAAUCCACACGGGAGAGAAGCCCUACAGCUGUGACCUCUGUGGUAAAACCUUUAGCCGGGCCGACCAUUUCAGAGCUCAUAGCAGGAUCCACACUGGAGAGAAGCCCUACAGCUGUGAGCUCUGUGGUAAAACCUUUAGACAGGCUGGCCAGUGCACAGCUCACCGCAGAAUCCACACUGGAGAGAAGCCCUACAGCUGUGACCUCUGUGGUAAAACCUUUAGCCGGGCCGACCAUUUCAGAGCUCAUAGCAGGAUCCACACUGGAGAGAAGCCCUACAGCUGUGAGCUCUGUGGUAAAACCUUUACCUCAUCCAGUAACCUCAAGAAGCACAUGAGGAUUCACACUGGAGAGAACCCCUACAGCUGUGACCUCUGUGGUAAAACAUUUAGACAGGCUGGGGAAUUAACAGUUCACUGCAGAAUCCACACUGGAGAGAAGCCCUACAGCUGUGACCUCUGUGGUAAAACCUUUAGCCGGGUUAGCAGUUUCACAGUUCACAGCAGGAUCCACACUGAAGAGAAGCCCUACUGCUGUGACCUCUGUGGUAAAACCUUUAGCCUUGCUAGCAGUUUCACAAAGCACAUGAGGAUCCACACUGGAGAGAAACCCUACAGCUGUGACCUCUGUGGUAAAACCUUUAGCCAUGCUAGCAAUUACACCGUCCACAGCAGAAUCCACACUGGAGAGAAGCCCUACAGCUGUGACCUCUGUGGUAAAACCUUUAGCGAUGGAAGCAGUUUCACAGCUCACUGCAGAAUCCACACUGGAGAGAAGCCCUACAGCUGUGACCUCUGUGGUAAAACCUUUAGCAAGGCUGGCAAUCUCAGAGUUCAUAGCAGAAUCCACACUGGAGAGAAGCCCUACAGCUGUGACCUCUGUGGUAAAACCUUUAGCAAGGCUGGCAAUCUCACAGUUCACAGCAGGAUCCACACUGGAGAGAAGCCCUACGCCUGUGACCUUUGUGGUAAAACCUUUAGCCAUGCUAGCGGUUUCACAAUUCACCGCAGAAUCCACAUGGGAGAGAGACCCUACAGCUGUGACCUCUGUGGUAAAACCUUUAGUCAGGCUAAAGGUUUUACAGUUCACCGCAGAAUCCACACGGGAGAGAAGCCCUACAGCUGUGACCUCUGUGGUAAAACCUUUCGCCAAACUAGCGGUUUCACAGUUCAUCGCAGGAUCCACACAGGAGAGAAGAUCUAUCACUGUGACACAUGUGGGAAGAGCCUUUCCUCAUCCAGUAGCCUCAAGAAGCACAUGAGGAUCCACACUGGAGAGAAACCCUACAGCUGUGACCUCUGUGGUAAAACCUUUAGCCAUGCUAGCAAUUACACCGUCCACAGCAGAAUCCACACUGGAGAGAAGCCCUACAGCUGUGACCUCUGUGGUAAAACCUUUAGCCAUGCUAGCAAUUACACCGUCCACAGCAGAAUCCACACUGGAGAGAAGCCCUACAGCUGUGACCUCUGUGGUAAAACCUUUAGCAAGGCUGGCAAUCUCAGAGUUCAUAGCAGAAUCCACACUGGAGAGAAGCCCUACAGCUGUGACCUCUGUGGUAAAACCUUUAGUCAGGCUAAAGGUUUCACAGUUCACAGCAGGAUCCACACUGGAGAGAAGCCCUACAGCUGUGACCUCUGUGGUAAAACCUUUAGCCAGGCUCACCAUUUCACAAUUCACCGCAGAAUUCACACUGGGGAGAAGCCCUACAGCUGUGACCUCUGUGGUAAAACCUUUAGCCAGCCUCACCAUAUCACAGUUCACCGCAGAAUCCACACUGGAGAACAGCCCUACAGCUGUGACCAUUGUGGUAAAACCUUUAGCCAGGUUGGCAAUCUCAGAGCUCACAGCAGGAUCCACACAGAAGAGAAGCCACAUCACUGUGACACAUGUGGGAAGAGCCUUUCCUCAUCCAGUAGCCUCAAGAACCACAUGAGGAUCCACACUGGAGAGAAGCCCUACAGCUGUGAUCUCUGUGGUAAAACUUUUAAACAGACUGGGCAAUUAACAGCUCACCGCAGAGUCCACACUGGAGAGAAGCCCUACAUCUGUGACCUCUGUGGUAAAACCUUUAGCCAGGCUCACCAUUUCACAAUUCACCGCAGAAUUCACACUGGGGAGAAGCCCUACAGCUGUGACCUCUGUGGUAAAACCUUUAGACAGGCUGGGGAUUUAACAGUUCACAGCAGGAUCCACACUGGAGAGAAGCCCUACAGCUGUGACCUUUGUGGUAAGACCUUUAGCCAUGCUCACAAUUUCACAGUUCACCGCAGAAUUCACACUGGGGAAAAGCCCUACAGCUGUGACCUCUGUGGUAAAACCUUUAUCCAAGCUGGCAGUCUCAGAGUUCAUAGCAGAGUCCACACUGGAGAGAAGCCCUACAGCUGUGACCUCUGUGGUAAAACCUUUAGCCAUGCUAGCAAUUACACCGUCCACAGCAGAAUCCACACCUGAGAGAAGCCCUACAGCUGUGACCUCUGUGGUAAAACCUUUAGUCAGGCUAAAGGUUUCACAGUUCACCGCAGAAUUCACACUGGGGAAAAGCCCUACAAUUGUGACCUCUGUGAUAAAACCUUUAGCCAUGCUAACAGUUUCAUAUCUCACUGCAGAAUCCACACUGGAGAGAAGCCCUACAGCUGUGACCUCUGUGGUAAAACCUUUAGCCGGCCUCACCAUUUCACAGUUCACCGCAGAAUUCACACUGGGGAGAAGCCCUACAGCUGUGACCUCUGUGGCAAAACCUUUAGCCGGCCUCACCAUAUCACAAUGCACAUGAGGAUCCACACUGGAGAGAAGCCUUACAUCUGUGACCUCUGUGGUAAAACCUUUAGCUGUGCAAGCCAAUUCACAGUUCACAGCAGAAUCCACACUGGAGAGAAGCCCUACAGCUGUGACCUCUGUGGUAAAACCUUUAGCCAGGCUGGCAAUCUCCGACAUCAUCGCAGAAUCCACACUGGAGAGAAGCCCUACAGCUGUGAGCUCUGUGGUAAAACCUUUAGCAAUCCUACCAGUUUCACAGUUCACCGCAGGAUCCACACUGGAGUGAAGCCCUACAGCUGUGACCUCUGUGGUAAAACAUUUAGACAGACUGGGGAAUUAACACUUCACCGCAGGAGCCACUCUGGGGAAAAGCCCUACAUCUGUGACCUCUGUGGUAAAACCUUUAAACGGUCUGGGGAAUUAACAGUUCACCGCAGGACCCACACUGGAGAGAAGCCCUACAGCUGUGACCUCUGUGGUAAAACCUUUAAAAAGACUGGGGAAUUAACAGUUCACCGCAGGACCCACACUGGGGAAACGCCCUACAUCUGUGAAGUCUGUAGUAAAACCUUUAGCAAUGCUAGCAGUUUCUCAGUUCACCGCAGGAUCCACACUGGAGUGAAGCCCUACAGCUGUGACCUCUGUGGUAAAACAUUUAGACAGACUGGGUCAUUAACAGGUCACCUCAGGACCCACACUGGGGAAAAGCCCUACAGCUGUGACCUCUGUGGUAAAACCUUUAGAAAGACUGGGCAUUUAAGAGCUCACGGCAGGACCCACACAAAAGAGAAGAUCUGAACAGCUCACAUUGACUAUUUAUGUCCAACAAAUGACUUACUGAAGAGAAGGGGGGGGGGGGGGGUUGACGUUGUGUCAUAUCAGAAGGGGGGGUAUCUGAAAUAAGUAACCAUAACAACAGUGACUGAGUCAAAGCCUCCAUUUACAAUUUUGAAAGAUUUUAACAAGCUAACUUGUAUUUACAACAAUGAGUGACUUCAAUAUUUUUUUUUUUACCUAUUUGAAAAAUGUUUCUUUUCUGAAUGUGGUGUGUCAGUGUCACAUAACCGCUCAUCUCACAUCCCAUUCGCUAUUCACCUCGCUAGUCAAUCUACUUCAGACGGGCUGCGGCUAGCAGCAACUCUACACAUGGCCGAUUAUUUUCUUCUUAAAAAUCUUGAUUUUAUUUGGGGACAAUGACAUGGCUCGAUAGUUGGCUAGUCUUGUUGUUAAACAUAUUGUCAAAUUAUAAUCACUGUUUGGAGAAUAUGUCAUCUUUGAUGAGGUCAUCUCACAUCCAUUUGCUAUUCAACUCGCUCCACAGGCUGCGGCCAUACUGUAGCCUAGUGCUAGUAGGCCUAUAUGGCCGAUAUUGUUCGUGAAAAUCUUGAUAUUGAUUUUGGGACAGUGACAUGGCUGGUUAGCUAGCAAACCACUCUAAGACACAUAUGGAACAACAUCCUUGACUGACAGCUGACAGAGAUGGACAAUCGUUUCCAAAAGGGAACAGUAUGGAAUAAUGAGGGCAGCAGCAACCUUUCUCCCACAGUCUAAGACUUUUGCAGAGAAGGAUUCUCUGCGGGCCCUGUGUGAUCAUUUUCAUAUAUUGGUUGGGGAUGCUGAACUAACAGUAUUCAUUGAUCGACUGCGUCGGAAAGUAGCCAAAGGCUAAGAAUUUCCAUCACUGAUGGAAGUAUUGGACAUUUGUGCUCCUGACAUAUUUCCAAAUCUCAGCAAACUACUUCGAGUCAUCAUCACCCUUCCAAUGUCUUCUUGCAGUGUUGAGAGACUGUUCUCCACUGCAGGUAGGAUAUAAACAGACCUCAUAACAUCCAUGAAUACUACCCGCCUCAACAACCUGUGCCUUUUGCCCUUUGAAAAAGAACUCUGUGACUCUUUAAUGCUGAAGGCUUGCUGAUAUAGCUCUGUCUUACUAGAACGGCGUAUGUAUGCAUCGUUGCUAACGUGUAAAACGCGUGAGUGACAAUAGGUCCGUUCGACUUCAUGCGUCAUUAGUCUGUGUGGGAAACACUGGAUGAGUUCUGCCACCUCCUCAUAAAAGGAAUAAAUAUUUUGAAUGUUCCUUUUAAUCUGCGAUGAUAAUGUGUUUCAUUUAUGUAUAGGCAAAAUACAUUAAAUGAUGGAGAAUAAAACAUUGGGGUCUUUGGUCAAAUUGAAAAUAAAGUUAAAUGACCCGUGGCAGUUGUUUGUUGCUUGAAUUCUGCAAUCUCUGCCCUUGCCUGAGACGGCAAACAAUACAGGUGUUGUACCGAAAUCGGUGACCCAUCGAAAACAGAUUAGCAAAACUGGCAAGCAACAACAAAGAAUGACAAAUGACAACAAGGUUCAAAACGUGUUUUUAUUGCAAGGCAACAUGAAAAAUUCCUCAAAAACAUGAUUCCACCAAACCAAGAGAAAACAAUUUUAUUAUCCACUGUAUAAAAUGUUGUGCUUUUACACACGGAAGGUAUGUCAUUAAUAUCCCAAAGGAGAUUACAGGCACAAACACGUUACACAAGCAUAGCAAGGACACCGAACAGUCAACACAUGAAUGUGUUUAACUCUUCAAGUACAUCAUAAUGUGCACCCCUAUCAUGCAUGGUUGGUAUAUUAACCAGGGACUUCCAGUCUCUGGAAACUGUAAACACAAUUGGUUUAAGCCUGGGUAAGAUAUUGCCUUGUGCUGUAGCCCUGAUUUUAACUAAGUUUUCAUGGCUGUAUGAUUGUAUUGUAAAGUAUUAAUACUGUAUGUUGCAACAUAAGUCAACAUAAGGAUUGCUUUAUGUGAUAUAAAACAAGUGAAAAGAUGUUUCCAUUAGUACGGAAUGCCCAUAUGGCUGGAAAGUUAUGUGGUGAGCUGGAUUCCAGUUUAACAGCAUAAAAAUAAACUAAAAGAGAUACAUCCACCAUAUUAAACACCAGAACAUGUAAGACUUCAAUACAGAGAAGGUUAGACAUCCAUUACAUGACUCUUACCCAGUGGAAAAUAUAUUUUUAUGGCCCAUAGAGAUGAUUUUUUUUGCACCAAUCUCCCAAAAACUCAACACAUGGAAUGGCCCCAGACAGCCACCGUACUCAGUCACAAUUCGCAAGAAAAA